AUGUCUACCAAGACCAUCGCAGUCGUCGGUGCCACAGGCACCCAAGGUGGCUCAGUAGCUCGAGCAUUCCUCUCCCUCCCCAACUGGCACGUCAAAGCCCUCACCCGCAGCCCAACAUCCCCCAAAGCCCAAGCCCUUCAAAACCUCGGAGCCGAAAUCAUCGAAGCAGACAUGAACGACCCAGAAUCUCUCAUCAAAGCCUUCAUAGGCGCCCACGCAAUCUUUGUCAACACUGACUUCUGGGCUCCUUACACCACCGCUCUCAGCCAAGGCAAAGACCAAGCUACUGCUCAACAAAUCGGUUAUGAUACCGAGGAGCGACAUGUCAAGAAUGCAGCUUAUGCUGCUUCCAAGACGGCUACGCUUGAGAAGUAUAUUUACUCUGCUCUUGGGCCUAUGAAGGAUGUUUCGAAGGGGAAGUACUCUCACUGUCAUCAUUGGGAGACCAAAGCUGCGGCUGUCAAGUACAUUGAGAAUGAGAUGCCUGAGCUGGCGAAGAAGACGUCGUAUGUCUACAUGGCUGCUUACGCUACGAACCCCUUCUUGUAUCCCAAGAAGGAUGCUGAGAGUGGCGAGUAUGUCCUCGCUGUGCCAGCUACCAAGAACCUGAGGCUGCCUAUCAUCGACAUCAAAGGUUCAGCUGGAUCUUUUGUGAGAGCCCUUGCUGAGGAUGAACCCGCUGGAACAAAGCUUCUCGCCUACGACAGUGACCUGAACAUCAUUGAGAUCAUGGCGACAUGGAGCAGAGUCACUGGCCAAAAGGCUGUCUUCCAGUCAAUGACCGAGGAGGAGAUGCAUAAGAAGACUGGUCUGCCUUAUGAGGUACUCGACGGGCCAGCUUACCUAGACGAACAUGGAUACAUGGAGGGCGUCGAAGGAGCUAUCACGCCAGAGCAGUUGAGCAAACCUGUUAAGACUGAUAGCUUCGAGGAGUAUCUUCGCAAGCAGGAUCCAGAGACUCUGCUGUCAUUUACCUAUGCAAUGCCCAAGCCUCCGGCGGCGAAAUGA